AGUACCUUCUGCCUCCGCUUCCAGUGUUUAUUUAAAAAAAAAUAAGCGGCAGUCAUGGCAGAGGAAGAUCGUGCAGAUUUUAGAGUAAAUGUCAAGUCAAAAAGAAUGGUUCGUGAACAGACUGAAAAGUAUAAAGACUUACUAAACACGCUGUUAGAUGGCCAGUGUAAUAUAUCCGAGGAGGACAAGGCCAAACUGCUGCAAGAAAUGGUUGUGAACUUUGAGUUCACUGUACAAGAAAAUAUAGUAAUUGAUGGCUUAUCAUGGGACGAGACAUCAGAGGAUUAUUGUGCAGACUAUGAGAGUGAGAUAAAUGAUUUGCUGGAUGAGAAGAUUGUAGAGACCACUUGGAAACGCAGCUCUUACCCAAAGCAAAUACGCUGCCAAGUUGUGCGAUCAUUGAGAGCGGAGAGGAAACUCAUGGGUUUGUAUGAACAGGCACUGAAGCCACAAGAUAUAAAGUCAGAUCCAGUUCAAGACACUAUCAUCAAAAAUGUAUCCGCUGCUGCCCCGACAAUGUUUAAGCAAGCCAGUUCAGUUAUGAAGUCUCUGAAAAGUCUGAAGCAGGCAACAGAGGGCUUGCGUCAAGUUCUGGACAUGCAGCCUUCAACGGAGUCAGAGGAAAUCUACAGAGAGGUGUUUGGAAGUUCAGUGGGAAAUAACUUUCCAGACCCUCAUCACAGGCUUCCCUCCACCAUCAAAAGAGCUGCAUCUGAUGCAGAGUACAGUGCAGACUAUGUUCCGGCUCCCAAAAUAAUCCAUAAUGAGACUGAUGCUAAUAAAAUGUAAUGUACAGUAUGUGUGUGUCAGCUUUGUGUAAGAGUGAGUCUUUUGUAUGCUUAAUAUUUCCCAUUUAUUGCAAAUACAUGUUUUGUACAUAUACUUUAUACUGAAAUAAGUGUCACAUUUUUGUCUCCAUUAAAUCCAAUAAAUUAAAUUUUUGGAGAACUGC